AAGAAAGGUAUCUUCGUUUGCUUUAUAUCUCCUGAAGCAGAACAUCACCUUUCCUAUUUACUCACUGUGUGAUCUAAUCUUCUUCUAUGGGUUGGCUUAGUCGGUUCAUAACUGCCGUGGCUUUCUUAGCCAUCGGAGUGAUAUUCUCACCGGAGACACUGGGCUCAAAAUCAACCACACUUUCCACCUACCUCAAACUCGCUCACCUCCUCUGCUUCUCCACCGCCUUCGGCGCCGCUCUGUGGGUAACAUUCAUCGGCGGCAUCAUCAUGUUUAAAAAUCUGCCGCGGCAUCAGUUUGGGAACCUGCAAAGCAAGAUGUUUCCGGCGUAUUUCUCGAUGGUGGGUGUCUGCUGCGCCGUAUCGGUGGCUUCCUUUGGCUACCUUCACCCGUGGAAAACUUCCUCCACCACUGAGAGAUACCAACUUGGGUUUUUGCUCUCUUCCUUUGCGUUCAAUCUUACCAACUUGUUUGUCUUUACACCCAUGACCAUUGAGAUGAUGAAGCAGAGGCAUAAAGUGGAGAGAGAAAAUAAUAUAGGGGAAGAAGUUGGGUGGUCAAAAAAUGUAGAAGUUGCAAAGUCAAACCCCAAGCUUGCAGCCAUGAAUAAGAAGUUUGGUAUGAUUCAUGGAUUAUCCUCCCUUGCCAAUAUAAUGUCGUUUGGCAGUCUAGCAAUACACUCUUGGUACUUGGCAGGUAAAAUUGAUCUCUGAUUCAGUUUCUGUUUCCAAUUCUAUGAAAGACAAGUGAGCUUUUUGUGAAGAGAUGUAUAAGUGAGGAUCUCAGUGUUCUCUCUAUCUUCCACUUUCUUGCUUUAUUGCCAAGUAAAAAGAGUCUAGAAUGUCUGUGCAAUUUAUGAAAUGUACUAUCUAAGUAUUACAGCAUAUUGAUUGGUCAAGAAAAUCUUAUGGGUUGCCAUGGAAACAUAAUGUAAUCAUCCUACCUCACAUGAAUAAAAUAAGUAGUCUCUUUGAGACGGUUUACAUUUUG